AUGUUUGUCGCCCGAGCCCUCCGACCCAUGCUGGCCACAGCGGCGAUGCGCCGCGCCUGCACGCGCACGCUCUGCGCGUCGCCGCGUGUGAUGCGGCCCACGUCGCAGCCAACGCUGUCGUUCGAUCCGAGCGCGAAAACAGCCAUGGACAAGCAAGAGCCCCCGGCGCCCGGUGCCGACUUUCGUGUGGUGAUUGUCGGUGCGGGCAACAUCAACUUUGGUUCCGACGAAGGUCCGUGGAAUCACUCGUUCCGUCUUGAGCACAAGCUCGGCCCGCGUCUCAAGGUCGUGGCGCUGAUCGACCCUGACGCCGAGCGAGCGCGCCGCGUGCUCAAGACCAAGUGUCAGUCGUUUGUGCUGAGUGCGUACAAGGACACGGUGGUGUACCCGACGUUCAAGGACUACAUGGCGUCUGUGUGCGCCGAGACGUACCCGCACGCCGUGUGGGUUGGCUCGCCGCCCGCGUUCCGUGGUGGCACGGAGCCUGGCCGCAACCUCGAGCAGCUGUUGACGGCCGGCCUGCCGAAUGUGCCGCUGUUCAUCGAGAAGCCGGUGUCGACGGGUGCGGUGGACCAGACGUUCGAGGUCGCCAAGAUGCUGGAGCAGAACGGCAGUCUCGUGAGUGUCGGCUACAUGCUCCGCUACCUGAAGGUGGUGCAAAAAAUGAAGCAGAUCAUCGCGGAGAACGACUUGCAUGUGAUGGCCGUCAAUGCACGCUACAUUAUGGCGUACGAGCACACGGCGAAGCUCGACUGGUGGGACAAGUCCAAGAACCCGGGCCCGAUCGUCGAGCAGGCCACGCACUUUUGCGACCUCGCGCGCUACUUUGCCGGCGAGGUCGAUCUCAGCUCGGUCAUGGCGCAGUCGCUCGAGCACUACGAGCCGGCUGGCCAGCUGCGCAAGAUCCCCGUGGACGAGUCGCUGAUCGAGCCCGCGAACCGCAUUCCGCGCGUGACAUGCGCCACGUGGAAGUUUGAGUCGGGCGCCGUCGGCUCACUCACGCACGCCGUCGCGCUCCAGGGCACGGACUACUCGACGCAGAUCGACGUGUACGCCGACGGCUACUCUCUGCGCCUCGUGGAUCCCUACAAUGCGCCCAUGCUGUACAUCCGCCGCCCCGGUGACGAUCACGAAGAAAUCGUGCGCUACAACGACGAUGACCCCUUCUUCUCCGAGGUCUCGAGCCUCAUCGACUGCAUCGAGCACGGCGAAGGCACAUCGCCCAUCCUCAGCUCGUACGAAGACGCCGCUCGCACCUACGCCCUGACGUGGGCCAUUCGCGAGGCCAGCGAGCGAACCAUGCGUCCCCGGCCAUAG